AUCAAGACUUUAUUGAGUCUUCAAGAAAUAAAAUUUACUAGCAAUUUAUAAACGAGGGCAUCUAGAUUCUAGAACAUGAAAUUUAUAUAUCAAUUUGUUUGAUUUCUAAACCAUGCUAAGUUGUGGAAAUCCAAGUCCAUUUUGGCAACUUGAAAGUCCACGUUAACUUAUGACUUCCACAAUAUGCUUCUAUCGUAUUAGAUUAAACGAUAAAUAAUUCUAUCGGCAAAUGCAAAGAGAAUAGCUUGCUUGUUCUUCCACCAAAUUCCCAAGUUCUUGUACCUCUAAUUCGAUCAAAAGUGACAAUUUGAGUCCUAAAUCAAUCCUGAGGAAGAAGACACAUGGAUCCCCAUGAUCACACCACCAGCAAGCCAGACAAACCCAACACAUCCCAACUAGUCUCCAGCGCAAAGGUGAUGUCUGAAGCCGCCAAGUCCGCCCUCCACCGCCGCGAUAUUGAAGAGAUAGACAAGGCUAAAGUGGCCGGAGCAGCCGCCGACUUGCUCGGUGCUGCUUCUCAAUAUGCAAAGCUCGAAGAGAAGGGCUUGGGUAAGUACGUCGGGCAAGCUCAAGAUUAUCUCCAUAAAUAUCAACCAGCAUCAGACGAUGGACGUGGAUCCACUAAUCAAGAAGAAGAGCAGUCGUCAAGUUCUCAAGCUCAAAAUCGCUCGAAGGGAGGGUUUGGGAAGUACUUGAAGCUAGCUCAAGGCUUCUUGAAGAAGCUUUGAGCUAGAACUUGUACCUCUUUGUUUUCAGUUUAAAUUUGAAUGGGGGUUGUGGUGUGAAUUCUCGUGUUGAUUAGAAGAGUUAAAUUAAUGCUCUGUUUAUUUAGAAAGAUGAAACGAGAAGGGACAUCUUAUUAUUAUUUUUUGUUAUAAAUAAAAUGUUCU